AUGAGGUUGGGGUGCCAGGGCUACAUCCAGCCCCGGGUGCUGGAUGCCAGAGCAGCAGCCCAGGUUCAGCUGCACCCGCACGGCUCCUGCCCCGGGGCUGGUGACGUUAAUGGCAGAACUUUGGCCUUUCUGGUCGAGCUGGCUGCUUCCCACAGCGGGUGCCACGACAAGGUCACUGCUCACGCUGCCACUUCUUGUGCCCCACAGAUCCUCCCCGGCCUCUACCUUGGGAACUUCAUCGAUGCCAAAGACCUGGAGCAGCUGAGUCGGAACAAGAUCACCCACAUUGUUUCGAUCCAUGAGUCUCCCCAGCCCCUGCUGCAGGACAUCACCUACCUCCGCAUCCCCCUGCCCGACACCCCCGAGGCCAACAUCAAGAGGCACUUCAAGGAAUGCAUCAGUUUUAUACACCAGUGUCGCCUGCACGGAGGGAACUGCCUCGUCCACUGCCUGGCCGGCAUCUCCCGCAGCACCACGGUGGUCGUGGCCUACGUCAUGGCCGUCACGGAGCUGAGCUUCCAGGAGGUGCUGGAGGCCGUGCGAGCCGUCCGGCCCGUCGCCAACCCCAACCCCGGCUUCAGGCAGCAGCUGGCUGACUUCGGCGGGGGCUCAGCCCGUAAGGUCCGCAGGCACCUGAAGCAGAGGUAUGGGCCGUCCCCUUUCAACGACGAGGAGGAAAUAAAGGCUCUGCUGCCGACUGGGAGAGGAGGAUCGUCCAGGACGGAGGGAGCUCGGCAAGGACUGGUCCCGAGAGGCAGAGACAUGAGGAGCACAACUCCCUUCCUGCUGCGGGUGAAGAGG